AUGGCGAUACAAACCCGAAAAAGACGCUGGUUAGGUGGAUGGGCAUUUCCUUCUUUUGCUCUUCUUUUGCUUCAUUUGAAAGGAAUCUCCGGACAGAUACGAUACUCAAUUCAAGAGGAACUAAAAGUCGGAACGGCAGUUGGGAAUAUAGCUAAAGACCUAAGAUUCGACACCUCGAGACAAGCGGACCGGAAUCUUCGCAUCUUAUCUGGAACAAAGCACGAGCUCUUCCAGGUAAACCGGAGAGAUGGCACUUUGUUAGUGAACCACAGACUAGACAGAGAGGAACUGUGCGUAAAAACCACGCCGUGUUUCAUCAACCUAAAAGCGGUGAUAGAAAAUCCGCUAGAAAUGCACCAAGUGACAGUAGAGAUAAUAGAUGUAAACGACAAUUCCCCUAAAUUCCCCGAAGAAACAUAUAAUUUGGAAAUACUAGAGUCCGCAUUGGCAGGGACACGGUUCCAAGUGGAGGGAGCACACGACUCAGAUGUAGGCUUAAAUGCUUUGCAGUCUUAUUCGUUAAGCCACAACCAGUAUUUUCGAGUGGAAACAGAAGAAUUUGGUGAAGACGGUAAAAUCCCAUUUCUAAUAUUACAAAAACCAUUGGAUAGGGAGCUUAUUUCUCAGCACACGUUGCUGUUAACAGCAUUAGAUGGGGGCAAGCCACCCAAAUCAGGAGGCCUUAAUAUUACAGUUAUUGUGUCCGAUAUAAAUGAUAACGCACCAGUGUGUGACAAGCAGAAAUACACGGUAACCAUAAAGGAAAGUGCACCUGCGGGGACAUUUUUAAUUCGAUUGAAUGCCUCUGAUACGGACGAGGGUCUAAAUGGCGAGGUCAAGUAUUCUUUACGAGGCAAAUUUAGAGGUAUGGGUGUUGAGCCCUUUGAGUUGGACAGUAAAACAGGAGAGCUAAAAGUGAAGGGAGGCCUUGAUUUCGAGGAGAAGCAGGUGUAUGAGAUGAAUGUACUGGCAGCGGACACGGGAGCGGUGUCUCUCUCCACACACUGCAACGUGCUCGUCAGAGUUGAAGACGUGAAUGACAACAGGCCCGAGAUUGACGUCACCUCUCUGUCCAGGCGGAUCUCUGAGGACGCACAUCCCGGUACCGUGGUAGCGCUAAUGGGGAUGACCGACCUGGACUCGGGUGUGAACGGACAGGUAGUCUGUUCUUUACCGAAGGAUUUACCGUUUGAUCUGAAGCCUUCUCCCGAUGGACAUUUCUAUUCGUUAGUCACGAAUGAAUUCCUUGAUAAAGAGUCUGUGGCUCGGUAUGAUAUUACAAUCACGGCUAAAGACUUAGGAACCCCUCCUUUGACAUCAACUAAAGUAAUUCAAGUGGAGGUAGUAGAUGUUAACGAUAAUAAUCCACUUUUCACCGACAACCCUUACACAUUUUAUGUAGUUGAAAACAAUAAACCCGGUAUAUCUAUUUUCUCUGUAAGCGCGUCUGAUUUUGAUGAAGGUGAAAAUGCAGCCAUUUCAUAUUCACUGGACCGUGGGAGCACUGGACAAAGCGUGACAUCCUUCCUAAACUUAAAUGAAGGCAACGGUACCAUUUACGCACUUAAGAGCUUUGACUUUGAAACCCUCAAAACGUUCCAGUUUCACGUCAUUGCCAAGGACUCGGGCACUCCGUCACUAAGCAGCAAUGUCACAGUGAACGUGUUCAUUCUGGAUCAGAACGACAACGCUCCAGUAAUCUUGUAUCCAGUCAGCGCUAACGGUUCCGCUGAAGGUGUGGAGGAGAUUCCCCGCAAUGUGAACGCAGGCCAUUUGGUGACUAAAGUGAGAGCCUAUGAUGCUGACAUAGGAUAUAACGGCUGGUUAUUAUUUUCACUGCAGGAAGUUACUGACCACAGUCUAUUUGCUUUGGACCGCUAUACAGGACAGAUAAGGACACUUCGGCCAUUCACAGAGACAGACGAGACUGAGCAUAAACUGGUCAUACUGGUAAAAGACAAUGGGAACGUUUCAUUGUCAGCAACAGCUACUGUGAUGAUCAACGUUGUGGAGCCCAAAGAGGCUUUUGCAGCUUCUGAUGUUAAAAGCGCAGUAAAAGACGAAGAGGAGAACAGCGUUACAUUUUAUUUGAUCAUAACUUUGGGAUCAGUUUCAGCACUUUUCAUCAUCAGUAUCAUCGUGUUGAUUUUAAUGCAGUGCUCCAAAGCCCCAGACUAUUCCUCCAAGUACUUACAAGAUGCGAAUUACGACGGGACACUGUGCCACAGCAUCCAGUACAGAUCCGGAGACAAACGGUACAUGUUAGUUGGACCCAGAAUGAGUAUAGGUUCUACUAUAGUCCCGGGCAGCAAUGGGAAUACUCUAGUGGUACCCGAACACAGGAGGAGAGCUUCUGGAGAGGUAAGAAGUGUCUUUAUCCUUUACUGCCUAUUAAGUCAGAUAAAGAGACAUGUUUUGAGUGAAUUUGUGCGCUAGCAUGUUUUUGUCUGUGCGUAAUGUCCAUGCGCAAACUCCCUGUAGAGGGCGUUGUCCAUGGUGCUGAAUUACAAGCUCACUUAGGUUAUUUUACAUUUUAGUCAUUUAGCAGACGCUCUUAUCCAGAGCGACUUACAGUUAGUGAGUUCAUACAUUUUCAUACUGGCCCCCCGUGGGAAUCGAACACACAACCCUGGCGUUGCAAGCGCCAUGCUCUACCAACUGAGCUACACGGGCUGUUCUUUAACUGUGCACUCCUUCAAUUUAGUAUUUUUCUCUUCCUCACCUAUCUAAUCACCCCUUCUUUUAUUCUUAUUUUUACUGAUAUUGGUGUAUUUACUGGAUUCGAUACAGAAGACACACACGGAGCUCAUAGUAGCCUAUUGUGUGGACCAGAAUCCCAGACCACAUGGUGUCAGGGUAACACAAGGAGACUGUUUAGUACUUUGUAGAUUAGACCCUACCCCUCUCUGUGCUGUUUUGUUUCACACACUGAGAGACUGGUGCGGACAUCCGAACAAGACAUGUAUACGAUAGUCAGAUAAUAAUUGUAUUAUUUUUCGGUGCUGAAGCAUUUGAUUCAGUAUGGAUCAUUUCGACUUGGCUAUCUGAUCAUUAGGAUUGUAUUUUUUCAUUGAGGUUUGUGCUUAAUGUUCGGUUUAACGAUGGGAGACGGAGGACAAAGGCGCAGAUGGGAGUACUGGUGGGUUGCUCUGCGUUUCUCUUUGCUGCUGUGGUUCGGAGAGCAGGUUUCAGCACAGAUAAGGUACUCUAUUCCAGAGGAGGUGAAAGAGGGAUCCGUUGUUGGAAAUGUUGCUAAGGAUUUGGGGCUUGACGUCAGUACUUUGUUGGAGAGGCGGUUUCGUAUUGUUUCUGGAUCUAAUGACGCUCUUUUCCAGAUAAAUCAGAACAAUGGCGUCUUGUAUGUUCAUAAGAAUAUCGACAGAGAAGUGCUAUGUGAUGGUAACAGCGCCUGCUUGAUAAACCUCAAAAUGGUUGUUGAAAACCCUUUAGAAAUCCAUUAUGUAGGUGUAGAAAUUACCGAUGUGAAUGAUAAUUCUCCCAGUUUCCCAGAAAAGGAGAAAAGACUUGAAAUUGCAGAGACUACUGUGCCUGGAACACGUUUUCAGCUGCCAGCUGCGCUUGACCCUGAUGUAGGAAUACAUUUCGUUCGCUUCUAUAAAUUGAGUCAGAAUGAACAUUUUGAGUUGCAAGUAAGAGACAGGGCAGAUGAUAAAAUUCCAUUUUUAGUUUUACAGAAAUCUUUAGAUAGGGAGCAAAAAGCCAAGCACAAGUUGGUGUUAACGGCGAUUGAUGGGGGAAAUCCACCAAAAUCAGGGACUCUUAAUAUUACCAUCACUAUUCUCGAUUCAAACGACAACCACCCAGUGUUCACCCAAGAGGUUUACUCUGUGACGUUGCAUGAAAAUGUAAAAGUUGGAAAUGUUGCGAUUAAAGUUAAGGCCACUGACAUCGACGAAGGCCCAAAUGGUGAUAUUGAAUAUAUCUUCAGCAGUGACUUAAAACCUAAAAUAUACGACGUAUUUACUUUAGAUAGUAUGACAGGUGAAAUCAGAGUUAAGGGAGAUGUGGAUUUCGAAGACAUCGAUGUUUACAAACUGGAUGUCCAAGCAUCGGAUAAAGGAAAUCCUCCACUAACUGUUGAAUGCAGAGUCAUCAUUAAGAUAAUAGAUGUAAAUGAUAACCAACCAGAGAUAGACGUGACAUCAUUGUCAAAUUUAGUGUCAGAAGGUUCAAAACGAGGAACUGUUAUUUCUCUCAUAAGCUUAAGUGAUAAAGACUCCGGCAUUAAUGGGAAAGUAAUGUGCAAUCUGUCAGGAGAUGUACCUUUUGAAUUGAAACCUUCAUUUCAGGAAAACAUGUACUCUUUAGUGACGAAACAGCAUUUAGACAGAGAACUCGUGUCCCAUUAUGACAUCACAAUAACAGCCACUGACUGUGGUCAGCCUCCUCUGUCCACAUUCAAAACUCUGAGCGUCCAGAUAUCAGAUGUGAACGAUAACAGCCCAGAAUUCUUCCAAAACCCUGUUGAGCUGUACUUAGUGGAGAAUAACGCCCCUGGUGCAUCCAUAUUCUCUGUAAGCGCAACAGAUAAAGACUUGAAUGAAAAUGCUGCGAUUUCAUAUCACAUUGUUAGAGGUGAAGGGACACAGAAUGAUAUGGCAUCUUUUCUGAAUAUCAAUUCUGAUAAUGGACAUAUUUCCGCUCUAAAAAGCUUUGAUUUUGAAACUUUAAAAACAUUCCAAUUCCAAGUUGUAGCUACAGAUUCUGGAACUCCAUCACUAAGCAGCAACGUCACAAUAAACGUGUUCAUUCUGGAUCGGAACGACAAAGCUCCAGUAAUCUUGUAUCCAGUCAGUGCUAACGGUUCCGCUGAAGGUGUGGAGGAGAUUCCCCGCAAUGUGAACGCAGGCCAUUUGGUGACUAAAGUGAGAGCCUAUGACGCUGAUAUAGGAUAUAACGGCUGGUUAUUAUUUUCACUGCAGGAAGUUACUGACCACAGUCUCUUUGCUUUGGACCGCUACACAGGACAGAUAAGGACACUUCGGCCAUUCACAGAGACAGACGAGGCUGAUCAUAAACUGGUCAUACUGGUAAAAGACAAUGGGAACGUUUCACUCUCAGCAACAGCUACUGUGAUGAUCAACGUUGUGGAGCCCAAAGAGGCUUUUGCAGCUUCUGAUGUUAAAAGCACAGGAAAAGACGACGAUGAGAACAGCGUUACAUUUUAUUUGAUCAUAACUUUGGGAUCAGUUUCAGCACUUUUCAUCAUCAGUAUCAUCGUGUUGAUUUUAAUGCAGUGCUCCAAAGCCCCAGACUAUUCCUCCAAGUACUUACAAGAUGCGAAUUACGACGGGACACUGUGCCACAGCAUCCAGUACAGAUCCGGAGACAAACGGUACAUGUUAGUUGGACCCAGAAUGAGUAUAGGUUCUACUAUAGUCCCGGGCAGCAAUGGGAAUACUCUAGUGCUACCCGACCACAGGAGGAGAGCUUCAGGAGAGGUAAGAGUUGUCUCUGUCCUCUACUGCCCAUUAAACCCGCUAAAGAGACAUGUUUUGAGUGAAUUUGUUGUUUGUUAGCAUGUUUUGUCUGUGCUUAAUGUCUGAGUGUGCAAACUCGCAGCAACAGUCGUUGUCGAUGGUGCUGAACCUCGCUUAUGAGUUGUUGAGAGCAUUGUAGGCUACUAUUUAAAUAAUCUGUUGUUUUGCUCUGUAGCUACUCCUCCAUUUCAUUCACUACCUCUUCCUCUCAUCUGCUCAUCUUCCACCAUCAUAUUUACUUGUUCUUUGAUGUCUAAUUUACUGGAAUUUGUGUACAUAUUUGUUAGGAUAAAAAAACGUACCGGUUUAUUGAAAACAACUCUCGGAGAUCAUGUAGUAGUUGUACUGUAGAUACCAGAAUUCCGGGCCACAUGGUGUCAGCGUAACACAAGGAGACUGUCUGGUACUUUUUAUACUAGGCUCUGCCCCUAUCUGGGCUGUUUUGUUCUACACAUGCAGAGAGAGUGGGCGGAUAUCAGAACAAGAUGUACUAUGAUAGUCAGAGAAUCAUAAUUAUUUUUUGGUGCUGAAACAUUGGAUUCAGUAUGGAUCAUUACGAGUUGGCCAUCUGAUCAGUAGGAUCGUAUUUUUUCAUUGAGGAUUGUGCUUAAUUGUCUGUUUAACGAUGGGAGACGGAAGACAAAGGCGCAGAUGGGAGUACUGGUGGGUUGCUCUGCGUUUCUCUUUGCUGCUGUGCUUCGGAGAGCAGGGUUCGGCACAGAUAAGGUACUCUAUUCCAGAGGAGGUGAAAGAGGGAUCCGUUAUUGGAAAUGUUGCUAAGGAUUUGGGUCUUGACGUCAGUACUUUGGUGGAGAGAAGAUUUCGUAUCGUUUCUGGAUCUAAUGAUGCUCUUUUCCAGAUAAAUCAGAACAAUGGCGUCUUGUAUGUUCAUAAUAAUAUCGACAGAGAGGAGCUCUGUGAUGGCACUGGCGUGUGCUUGAUAGAUGUUAAAAUAGUAGUUGAAACCCCGCUAGAAGUCUACUAUGUAGGUGUAGAAAUCACAGAUGUGAAUGAUAAUUCACCUAAUUUUCCAGAAAAGGAACAGAAAUUUGAGAUAGCUGAGCAUACCGCUCCAGGUACACGUUUCCAAUUACAUGCAGCUCGUGACCCUGAUGUUGGGAUGAAUUCAGUUCAUACCUAUAAAAUAACCUCAAAUGAUCAUUUUGAAAUCGAUGUGCGGCAAAGCGAUGAGGACAAAAUACCGUUUUUAGUUUUAAAGAAGUCGCUAGAUAGGGAACAAAACCACAACUACACGCUUCUUCUAACAGCGAUAGAUGGAGGUAAUCCUCGAAGAUCAGGAACUCUAAAUGUUACAAUUAUUGUUCUAGAUAUUAAUGAUAACCGCCCAGUCUUUAGUCAGGAUACAUAUACUAUUAGGAUACAAGAAAACGUUGGAGUUGGUACAGUUGUUAUUAGAGUAAAUGCAACUGAUCCAGAUGAAGGAAGUAACAGUGAGGUUGAGUUCAGCCUGGGUAAAACCUUAAGGAGAAAAGUCUAUGAUAUUUUUGAACUGGAUAGACUAACUGGAGACAUUAGAGUUAAAGGUGAGGUGGACUUCGAGGACACAGAGGUGUAUAAACUAGAUGUUCAGGCCUCAGACAAAGGACAACCUCCAUUGACUGUGGAAUGUAGAGUGAUCAUAAAGAUAAUCGAUGUUAAUGACAAUAAGCCAGAAAUUGAUGUAACAUCCCUCUCUAAUACAGUGCCUGAAGAUUCAAAACCAGGAACCGUUAUUUCUCUCAUCAGCGUGACAGAUAAAGACUCUGGUAUUAAUGGUAAAGUGAUUUCAAGUAUAUCAGAAAAUGUCCCUUUUGAAUUGACGCCAUCAUAUAAAGAAAACUUAUAUUCAAUAGUCACAAGGGGACGUUUAGAUCGAGAACUCGUGUCCCAUUACGACAUCACAAUAACAGCCACUGACUGUGGUCAGCCUCCUCUGUCCACAUUCAAAACUCUGAGCGUCCAGAUAUCAGAUGUGAACGAUAACAGUCCAGAAUUCUUCCAAAACCCUGUUGAGCUGUACUUAGUGGAAAAUAACGCCCCCGGUGCAUCCAUAUUCUCUGUAAGCGCCACAGAUAAAGACUUGAACGAAAAUGCUGCUAUUUCAUAUCACACAAUUAGAGGAGAAGGGACACAGAAUGAUAUGGUAUCUUUCUUGAAUAUCAAUUCUGAUAACGGACAUAUUUCCGCUCUAAAAAGCUUUGACUUUGAAACCCUCAAAACAUUCCAAUUCCAAGUUGUAGCUACAGACUCUGGAACUCCGUCACUAAGCAGCAACGUCACAAUAAACGUAUUCAUUCUGGAUCAGAACGACAACGCUCCAGUGAUCUUGUAUCCCGUCAGUGCUAACGGUUCCGCUGAAAGUGUGGAGGAGAUUCCCCGCAAUGUGAACGCAGGCCAUUUGGUGACUAAAGUGAGAGCCUAUGAUGCUGACAUAGGAUAUAACGGCUGGUUAUUAUUUUCACUGCAGGAAGUUACUGACCACAGUCUCUUUGCUUUGGACCGCUAUACAGGACAGAUAAGGACACUUCGGCCAUUCACAGAGACAGACGAGGCUGAUCAUAAACUGGUCAUACUGGUAAAAGACAAUGGGAACGUUUCACUCUCAGCAACAGCUACUGUGAUUAUCAACGUUGUUGAGCCCAAAGAGGCUUUUGCAGCUUCUGAUGUUAAAAGCGCAGUAAAAGACGAGGAGGAGAACAGCGUUACAUUUUAUUUGAUAAUAACUUUGGGGUUAGUUUCAGCGCUUUUUCUCGCCAGUAUCAUCGUGUUGAUUUUAAUGCAGUGCUCCAAAGCCCCAGACAUUUCAUCCAAAUAUUUACAAGAGGCGAAUUACGACGGGACACUGUGCCACAGCAUCCAGUACAGAUCCGGAGACAAACGGUACAUGUUAGUUGGACCCAGAAUGAGUAUAGGUUCUACUAUAGUCCCGGGCAGCAAUGGGAAUACUCUAGUGGUACCCGAACACAGGAGGAGAGCUUCAGGAGAGGUAAAAACUUUUCCUAACCUUUUCUCUCCAUAAUGUAUUUGAUUUUGAUCGUGUUUGGCCCAGGAGAGGUAAGAACUGUUCAUAACCUUUAGUCUCCAUAAUGUAUUUUAUUUUGAUUAUGUUUGGUCCGUGGCUAAUGGGACAUAGGCAAAGUCGCUGCCGUGGUUGCUGUCCAUGGUGCUGAAUUACAAGCUCUCUUAAUUAGUUGGUGAGAGCUUGCUAGGCUACUACCACACCUGCAUUUUCUGUUAUUUUGCUAUAUAGCCUACUUCUUCAAUUCAGUCUCGUCCUCUUCAUCUUCCUCCCAUCUCUACCCACCCUCCAACUUCAUUUUUACUCGUUAUUUGAUAGCUAAUGUAUGUAUAUUUAUUGGUAUGUAAACUCUCGGAGCUCAUAUCACUGUGGAUGGAAUCCCGGCCCACAGGGUGCCAGUGUAACACAAAGAUACUGUCUGGUGCUUUAUAGAAUAGGCCCUGCCCCUCUCUGGGCUUCUAUCUGAUUUGGUUUGUUCUAGAGAGAGCUGAGCAGACAUCCGAAAAAGACCUGCUGUGUUGGACAGAGAGAACCGUAUUAUUUUCCGGUGCUGAAGUAUUGGAUACAGUAUGGAUAAUAAAGAGUUUUCUAUCUGAAUUUUAG